UAAAGCCCAACCCAAAUCCGAAGCAAGUAAACCCACGGCAGCAGUUAUAGUCAGAAACCCUAGGCCCUCAAUUUGGAUACCCUGUGGGUUGGCACACAAUUCAUCGACAUUUUGCACCGGCGAACCAGUUGCUGCCAUGGUGAAGUACUCAAAGGAACCGGACAACCCCACGAAAUCUUGCAAAGCUAGGGGAUCAGAUCUCAGGUGUCAUUUCAAGAACACCAGAGAAACUGCCCAUGCUAUACGUAAGUUGCCUUUAAUUAAGGCUAAAAGAUACUUGGAGGAUGUUCUUGUCCAUAAGCAAGCUAUCCCCUUCACACGCUUCUGUCGUGGAGUUGGACGUACUGCACAGGCAAAGAAUCGUCAUUCAAAUGGACAAGGACGUUGGCCUGCUAAAUCUGCAAAGUUUAUCCUGGACUUGCUCAAGAAUGCCGAGAGCAAUGCAGAAGUUAAGGGGUUGGAUGUGGAUGCACUUCACAUCUCUCACAUUCAGGUGAAUCAAGCACGGAAACAGAGACGUCGUACAUAUCGUGCUCAUGGAAGAAUCAACCCUUACAUGUCUUCUCCUUGUCACAUUGAGCUCACCUUGUCUGAAAAGGAAGAACCUGUUAAGAAAGAGGCCGAGAGUCAAUUGGCUGCAAGAAAGAGCAAUUAGAACGUAAUCAUAUAACUCGGGUGGAUCGACAUAAGUUGGUACUAGGAAGAAAGGGUUUUAUUUUUGAUCUAAUGGUUAUUUGGAAAAGAUGCGUUUCUAUUUUUUAAAGAUUCAUUGUUUGAUUACAAGAUUCUGAAUACUUGAUGAAUUUUCAAUUCUUAGUUAUUUAUAAAAUUAUUUUUGAGGGUUUCAUUA